CAUCGAUUUUCUCAGUCAGGUGGAGACAGUUGUCGUGUACGGAUACUUAACGGUUAAACAAAACGCGUUACAGUGAUAAGUAGCAAGAAAAAAAGAAAGAAAAAAAACAGAUAUAGAUAAAUCCAUACGACAUUUGUGAGCAGCUAGUGAAAGAUUAGAAAAAAAAGUAGUACAUAUGUAUGUGAAUUAAAAAAAUUAUUAAGCGAUAUUACUGCAAUGGAAACAUGCAAAUUAUAGAAGUAAAAUCUGUCUAUACAGUGAAAAGAAAAUGAGUUAGGGAUACGAGAAUUCAGCGAAAAGGGCAGGCUCACACAUAUCACACAAAUUGCGAAUUGGGGCGCAUGGAGAAAGCGUGAAAAAGGCGUUUCUAUACUAGUGUACUAGUGGCUACAACAAUAAAUCAUUUGAAAACGGUUAAAUAAUUUUCAAAUUUAACAAUAACGAAUAACUCGACAAGGUACCAUAAUAAUUAAAAGUUUCUACGUUUAACAACUGAAAAAAGCUAGUUUCGUUUAACCAAAAUUUGAAUAUAAGCAUUUAUAUAAGCCUGUGAAAAAGUUUGAAAAGAAAAAAAAAGAAAUACACCUAAAUUGGUUACAAAAGAGGAUAUGCUGUGAAAUAUGGAAACGGAUGUGUAGUGUCUACCAAAGUAUACUUCUUCUUCAAUUUAUGCUGCUUCAUUCUCCUGUGCUGACGCGUUGCUGUUGCUACCAUUCACCCUCAAUGAAGAUUUCUUCAGCAUAUUGCCAAUAGCUGCCGCUACUUAUGGAUUUUGAAUUUAGGCACUCAAUGCAUAAGAAUCCACUGUAAACUACAAAUAAACAAAAACCGCUCUUAAAUCCAUCAACAAGUAUUUACUCAUCUUUCAAAUCAUGUGCUCGGGUCAUUAUAUUUGGGCGAUAUUCUUCUUUGCCAGUUUAUGUAGUGCAUCACUAGCUAAUAAUGCCAAAAUAAAUUUCCGAGAAAAGGAGAAAAAAGUCUUAGACCAAAUUUUAGGUGCCGGAAAAUAUGAUGCCAGAAUACGUCCAUCCGGAAUAAACGGCACGGAAAAUGCGCCUACACUUGUCUAUGUCAACAUGUUCUUAAGAUCUAUCUCUAAAAUCGACGAUUACAAAAUGGAAUACAGCGUGCAAUUGACUUUCCGCGAGCAAUGGACCGAUGAGCGGCUGAAAUUCGAUGACAUACAAGGUCGUCUCAAGUAUCUAACACUAACUGAAGCUAAUCGCGUUUGGAUGCCCGAUUUGUUCUUCUCAAAUGAGAAGGAGGGUCAUUUUCAUAACAUCAUCAUGCCGAAUGUUUAUAUACGCAUCUUUCCAAAUGGUUCUGUACUAUACAGUAUUCGUAUCUCGCUGACGCUGGCUUGUCCCAUGAAUUUGAAAUUAUAUCCUUUGGAUCGACAAAUUUGUUCACUGCGAAUGGCCAGCUACGGCUGGACCACAAACGAUCUGGUGUUCCUGUGGAAGGAGGGUGACCCAGUGCAAGUGGUUAAGAACUUACACCUACCACGCUUCACGCUAGAAAAAUUCUUGACUGAUUAUUGCAACAGUAAAACCAAUACGGGUGAAUACAGUUGCCUCAAAGUCGAUCUACUAUUCAAGCGAGAAUUCUCAUAUUACUUAAUCCAAAUUUAUAUCCCAUGCUGUAUGCUGGUAAUUGUCUCAUGGGUGUCAUUCUGGCUUGAUCAAGGCGCCGUACCAGCACGUGUGUCAUUGGGUGUUACCACCCUACUCACCAUGGCCACGCAAACAUCGGGCAUAAAUGCCUCACUGCCGCCUGUCUCCUACACGAAGGCGAUCGACGUUUGGACUGGCGUCUGUUUGACGUUCGUCUUUGGCGCACUGCUCGAAUUCGCGCUGGUGAACUAUGCCUCCCGUUCAGGUUUGAAUAAAGCUAACAUACAUAAGGAGAAUCUGAAAAAGAAACGCCGCGAUUUGGAGCAGGCCAGCUUAGACGCUGCUUCAGAUCUGCUCGAUACUGACAGUAAUGCAACAUUCGCAAUGAAGCCACUGGUGCGUCACCCCGGCGAUCCGUUGGCCUUGGAGAAGUUGCGCCAAUGUGAGGUGCAUAUGCAGCCGCCCAAACGUCCAAACUGUUGUAAGACGUGGCUCUCAAAGUUUCCUACAAGACAAUGUUCUAGAUCGAAGAGGAUCGAUGUUAUUUCACGAAUAACGUUCCCGCUGGUAUUUGCGCUAUUUAAUCUGGUCUACUGGAGCACAUAUCUCUUCAGGGAGGAGGAGGAUGAGACCUUCUAAAGGUGAUCUCAUUGUGAUGUUCAAAUCAAUGAAAAUACAGCAGUGCAGAAAACUAGGAACAGGAAGCUAUGUAGAAUCGAUAUAUCAGUUAAUCAAAACAAAAGAGCAUUACGCGCGAAUAACUUGAAAAAGAGAGUAUCAUGCAUGCAAAUAUACUUAAGUACUACAACGCGAAAGAUCGGCAGUAAACGGUAAAAGUAUAUUUCAAUACCAAAUAGUAAAUAACUUUAUUUUAAGUAUAAAAAAAUGGCAUACAUCAAACAAUAGAUAAAACGAUUGAAUUGUUAGGCAAAAUGCUAAUACAUAAGUAUUUUAUGAUCGUAAAUAAGCUAAGCAGUUUAAAGUUUAGGAAAUUUAUGUACGUAUAGCAUGUCUCAUCAAAUUCACAUAAAUCAAUAUACAUUUGUAUUUUUUAAAUCAAAUUAAUUUUAAUAGAAAUCGAUGUUUAUUAAUUGUACGCAAAUGUUGUAGGUAUUUCAGCAAAUCUCUUAAAUUAGUCAAUUAAUAUUUUUUCCCGCUAACUAUUAGUGUACACAAUUUGCUAAUUGACUAAAUUAAGGGGAAAUACCUAUCAUUGCAUAUGUUGUUGCUCAAUCUAUAUCUACUUAAGACAUCUAUGUUUUAAAAUCACCAUUAGCAUUUGUGAGAGAGAAUAACGAUUUGUGUUUUUCCUCAGAAAUUUUACAUUUCAUUGUUCAUUAGUUGCUUUUAUUGCUACAUUUUAGUUUUUUGUGUUUAAAAUAAUCAGAUAUUAAAGACACAUUUACUUGAGGAGAAUAUUUUAGUUUUCCCAGAUUUUACUUUAAAAUUUUUUGACAAUUUUUAAUGAAAGAAAUUCUGUUAAGAAUUUUCUCCCCUUUCACUUUUAAAUCGACAAUUCUUAAAAUUCUAAAGAAAAAACUAUAAAAAAUUAUAUAUUAAACUGCCAUUACUUUCAAAAUAAGUGCAUAUACAAUUGUUACAACUCUUUUAAACUAUUCAAAAUUGCGACACCAUUACAAAGGUAAAAAUUUAGUAAGACAUACUAAUCAAGAGCAUGUGUUCGUCUUAAUGAUAGAUAUUUUGCGAAAAUAUUCACCGUGUUAUUUAAGGCGUUACGUCCUUAAAUUUCGAUCUGAAUAGAAAAAGGAAGUAAAUAUUCCAUAGAUUAAAUACAAUUUAUUUGUUAUACAUGUUUCAAAGACCCUUAAUUCAGUCAAUUACAAAAUAGUUAAAGGUAAUACAUAACAAUGGAAAAAAAAAGCUAAUUGUCUAUAUUAAGGAGAUACAAUAAUUACACUGUCCAACAGCAUUUUUGGAACAGAAUAGCGACCCUAUAAUUCUGAAAAGGUAUGUUGAGUAGAUCAUUUUUGUAGAACAAACUUAUGGUCCAGCACGUCUGAGUUUUUUUUUACAGUGGGUCAAAGUUUUCAUUUUUUGGUCGAAGGGAGCAUUAUACUAUAUGAAAAAAAUGUUGUAUGUUAAUGUCUGAGAGAAUUCUUAUGGUCAGAGUUGUAUUGUGGAAUUGUAUGCGGAUUAUUUUUGUGGAAGAUCUUAACCCUCUAACUGGUUUCUUUAUGGGUCAAUUUGACGCUUUUUUCGAGAAAAUCAAAAAUUAUCAUUUAAAAAAGGACAUUUAAGGAUUAAAAUAUUCUACGAAAAUGUUUGGCGGAAAAUUUCAGUGGGGGUCACCAUUGUUGUAAAUAAAGCUCUUUACGAUUGAUAAAAAAAUUAUAAUUUUGGUUUAAUAGUGGUUUAUUAUAGUAUGUACAUUUUUUUUUUUUUGCUUCAGCAGUAGUAGGACAAUGGAUUAAAGAUUAAACUAAAUAUGCUUUCCUUGUAUUUAGUUUGACGUGAAUGUUUCGAUGUGUCAAGGUUUCUGUACAAGCCCCAUACGUAUUCAGUAAGCAUUACAGUUUGGGAUUUCCCUUUGAAUCUUUCUUCCAAUACCUUUAUAUCCUGAUGAAACCUUUCAUCGUGUUCAUCUGAAACCGCUCCAAGGGUUUCUUUAAAAAAAUUUAGAUGAGAGUGCAGAAAAUGCAGCUUUAGUGACAUCUUACCGCCAAUAUUGUUAAAACCGAUUAGCAUGCUUUCAAUAUUUUCUGCAUAGUUUUGUGCUUUUGAGUUUCCAAGGAAUUCUGCAUAAAGUCAAAUGCUGUCUUUUGCAUAUCCGACAGAUGACCAUAAAAUUCUUCAUCUUGUAAUAAUUUUCUUAUAUCGGGUCCAACGAGCAUUUGUAGAAAAGGUAGUUUACAUGAAAUGAAAUAAAUUAUUUCUUAAAACCGUAUUUUACCUUCUUUUAAUUUUGCUGCAGAUAAUCUGGGGAAAAUUGUUUGAAUGCGUUUGAAAGCAUAUCCUUGUGUAUUUAAGCUUUCAAUAAAAUUUUUCACCACGCCCAACUUAAUAUGCAGCGGUGGAAGUAUGACCUUAUCUUUUGGGACAAGAGAUUCAUGGAUUACAUUUAAGUCACCAAUAAUAUUUUCUUUACGUUCUUCGAAAUAUUUAAUAUAAUAAUGGCUGCUGGUAGCACGUGAAUCCCAUUUACAAAGAAUACACAUAUAUUUUGUGUAUCCUGUUUGCAUUCCAGUCAAUAUUGCAAUCAUUUUUAAGUCUGCGCAUACUUCCCAUUUAUAUUUAUAGUAUACAAUUUUAUUUAAGAGAUUUGAAAUAUUUGCGUAUGUUUCCUCCUUUUUUGUGGAAUACGCAACCGGUAUUGAUGGAUGCUGAUUUCCAUUGUGCAGUAAAACUUAGUACCGCCUUUGUACCAGGUCAAAAGACCACUUUCGCAAGUAGUACAUACAGUUUUUGGUAUCCAAGCUUCACAUAAAAAUCGUAUUCCAAAGAAAAGAAAAUAUGGUUCUUCAACCAUUGUAGGGAAUAUCUUUCUUCUGCUUUGAAGGUGCGUAAAAUGUCCACAAAUAAAACAAAACCAAUCUCUUAAUUUGCAAACAGAAUCCGCCAUGCUUAUUUAAGCUUUAAUUGUUCUUUUUUUAUAUUAAUUUUAGUAAAAAUCACAUCCGAUAUGUACUGCUUAGUAAGUCAAUUAUGCUUAAUUUUAUCACACCCGAUUUGUAAGUCACAGCUGACUAGACGCGAGAACUCAGUGUUUGGCCCGGCCGAACUUGACGAUGUUUUCACCUACUUUGUAUAUGUUGGCGUGUAAUUUUGCCAAUUAAUCGUAAAGAGCUUUAUUUACAACGAUGGUGUCUUUGGUGACCCCCACUGAAAUUUUCCGCCAAACAUUUUCGUAGAAUAUUUUAAUCCUUAAAUGUCCUUUUUUAAAGGAUAUUUUUUGAUUUUCUCAAAAAAAGGGUCAAAUUGACCCAUAAAGAAACUAGUUAGAGGGUUAAGAUUUAAGAUCUUCCACAAAAAUAAUCCUCAUACAAUUCCACAAUACAACUCUGGCCAUAAGAAUUCUGUCAGACAUUAACUUACAACAUUUUUUUCAUAUAGUAUAAUGCUCCCUUCGACCAAAAAAUGAAUACUUUGACCCACUGUAAAAAAAAACUCAGACGUGCUGGACCAUAAGUUUGUUCUACAAAAAUGAUCUACUCAACAUACCCUUUCAGAAUUAUAGGGUCGAUAUUCUGUUCCAUUCAAAAAGUCUUCAUUUGUUGGACAGCGUUACCAAUGAUAUGCAUUUCCUGCAGCAGAGAUGAUAAAUUUCUUUUAAAUAUUCACGAUUUACAUGUUUUUAUUACUUGUUUGAGUCAUUAAUUUAAGUUUGAUGUAGUGUCAUUCGAGCUUUCACAUAUGUGUUUCAACUUCCAUAACAUUUUGAUUCACAAGCAUAUUAAAACCGCUAUUGUCAAUUAUGUUUGUAAAUAUGUUUGAAAUGAUUUGAUAGCACUUGAAUACCAAAACCAAUGUCAUUUAAAAGCUGUUGCAUUACUUAUAUUUAAAAAGUAUUUUAAGUGUGUUGCUAAGAGUGUAUGUCUAAGCAAACAGCUAAUUAGUUAAUUAGUUAAACAAAACAAAAACAAAAAGUGUAUUUCUAAAAACUUAAAUAGGCUAAUAUUUGUUUGUAAAAUAAAAUGUCAAUGUUUUUUGUAAAAUCAAAA